CAGCAAUAUGGCGGAGAACGAAAGUGACGAUAACAGUUGGCACACAGAACUUGAGGCCGCCCUUCUUGAAGGAUGUGACUUUGGAACGCUGAGAAAUAUUUGUCAGGGACGACAAAUACCCAACCAGUACAGCACAACCUGUUGGAAGAUUUGUUUGAAUGUUGUGGGUAAAGGAGACGCUUUGGCCUCCUUUGAUGGGAUCUUUGAUCUACCAGAGCAGGUCCAAAUCAGAAAUGACAGCAAAGAAUUCAUUGAGAAAUUUGACAACUCGGAUGAAGAGAAGCUGUCACUCUCCAGCGAUCUGGAGUCUGUCAUCACAUUCUUCUGCAAGUCGAAAAGCGCAACGUAUGCGCACAACAAUGGCUGGCUGGACGUGUUGGGACCCUUGGUGGCGCUUCGCAUGGAGCGUGCUGACCUUUACAACUGCUUCUAUGCUGUCAUGAGUAAAUAUGUACCAAGAGAUACAUCUAAAGAUAGUAAGAUGUUCCAACUCUUCAGGCUACUCCUUAUGUACCAUGAACCUCAACUCUGCAAUUUUCUUGACACUAAGAAGAUAUUCCCAGAUGCUUACACAUCAGUUUGGUUUUCGAGUUUGUUCUCCAGCAACUGCUCUCUGGAAGUGUUACAAAUCAUGUGGAGUCUUUACUUCCUCCAAGCAGACUCCUUCCUCUCCUUCUUCUUAGGACUUAUCAUAUUAGUAAAUGCCAAGGAACACAUUCUCACAGAGUUAGAAAACGAAGAUAGAGAGACGAUAAUCGACACUCUAGCAACCUUUCCCAAUCAAUUAGAAGCAGACGAUGUAGGAGAUUUCUUCAGCCUUGCCCAGUAUUACGCCUCCAAAACACCCCAGUCAUUUAGAAGAGAUUAUCAAGCUAUUUAUGGAAGCAGUUUAAGUAAUUCAAAGGAUGUCAGUCCAAACCUGUCUGGUGCCCUGGGUCUACAAGUCAACCCGUCUGAAUUGUUACAAGCUAUCCAGCACGGACUGAAUGAGAGUGUGAGUUAUUUUGUAGUGGAUUGUCGCCCAGCAGAGCAGUAUAACAGAUGCCACCUUGCCACAGCAUUUCACUUGGAUGCUAACUUGAUGUUACAACAGCCCACAGAGUUUGCUAGUGCCGUUAAGGCCUUGUUUACCACACAGCGGCAGGCCAUAGCGGCUGAAUCGCAAGCAGCCGGGGAACAUCUUUGCUUCUUAGGAAGUGGUAGGGAAGAGGAAGAUCAGUAUCUACAUAUGGUUGUCGCUAACUUCUUACAAAAAAAGACUCAGUACGUUAGUAUAGUUGCAGGAGGAUUUACAGCAUUAUUAAAGUUAAUAGAAAAAGAAACCUCAUCAGGUUCGGCAGAUCCGUCCCUAAAGGCUUGUAUCAUCUCCCAGCCAGAGAGGGCGGGCUCCGAUGACAGUGGGAUUGGUGAUUCUCCGCAGAAAUUCUCAGAGAAAGGAGCAGCUUUGAUGGGACGUCUGACCUCGACGCUGAAGACCAAGUCCGCUACGGUCAAGGAACGCGUCGUGGAGUUUAUCAAGAAUGAGAACAUGAGCGAGGAGAGACAUGUGAGCAGUCUUGAUACAGGAAAGAGAUAUAGGGGGAACAAGGUGCAGAAUGUAUUCAGCAUCGGGGAUGAGGACGACGAGCAAGAUAGUUUAGGUAGUGCCGCCUCAUCGGAUGAAGAGAGGAAAGAGAUGGUGAAGACGGACACCUGGCUGAAUAAACCGGACAUCCUUUCAGCGUAUCAAUGCCAAGAAGUCAAGGAUAACGGCCACACAUACCCAAGCAAUCUCCUGAUCACCAAGACGCAUCUCUACGUCUUACGAGACAAAGCAGACAGCAAAGGGUUUUCGUACAUCGUCGCCCGACGCGCCCUCUCCGACGUCGUCCGCAUCACGUCCAAGAAACGCUGCUCGGAGCUGAUCACCUUCCGCUACGGCAAGUAUAACGGGGAGGACACAGAGCUCUACGCCGUCGAUCGGCUCUACCUCCCCGAGGCGAGUGAGGCCACAAAACUAGUCAAGAGACUCAUCAUGGACGUACUGGAACCCAAAGGGAAUAACACAAGCCCCGACCCAGUCACGUAGUCUUUGACCUUUGAUCUCUCUUCAGGUCAAAGGUGAAAGUGUAAAGAUUCCGAUCGACCCUCUUGCGAACCAAAGGUUUGGUGGAUGGACAGUGGUAUAGGUUCUUGGGCCCAAUUUUUGUGUGAAAAAAAUGCUUAAUAUAUUCGAAUGAAAAACAAUUUUAUCAAAGCAAUAUUCCUGACUGUCAUGACUGUUGCUGCUGCAGCCAUUGACCAUAGCCAUUGACCAUAGCGAUAUUAUCAAACACCCAGGCUUGUCUGGUGUCGCUCUUUUGUACUUAACUUUUUCUAGCAAACAAAAAUCUGAACAAAUAUUAUGAAGAGAAACAGAAGCAACCCACGCACCCAAUGCUAGCUUGGAAGGUAUGGUGUUUUUGUGGCAGUCUAUGGUACCAGUGUAUUAGAAGAACCCUUGCAAUAUGCGCAGCCUACUCACAUGUGCCUAUCCUUGGGCUAUCAUAUUCAAACAUGCACAAAAGAGAGUUGACACCCAAAAUCACACGCAUUGUUUGGAGGCGCAUUCUGUAUUUGUGUACGAAAUCAAUAGCUCUCCUUUGCAUAACGCGAAAGGCUACAGGCACUUUUUACGAACAGAGAACACCUAUUGUCCAUUGAUUUGAUCUGAGAGUGUGACGUCUGAUGCAAUGGGUCUAUAGGGGGUUCAGAAAUUAAUCAAGCCAAAGAAGGUUAGCGGACAAAAUACAUGUACCAUGUCGUUAGCAUUAGGUCUUGAGUGGUUUCUUGCUUAUUUAUUACCUCGAAGCAGAAUUUUGUUAAGCAUUUUUUUCUGCUAGAGCAGCUCUAUGAAAUAGGACCGCUAGUGCUCAGAAAGAAAGUGGUUUAUCCUAAUCUGCUUCACUGUGUAUGUAGCUACUAAGCGUGAACGGUAAUUAGUAAGCAAAUUGAAAGCAGUUAUGAUGAAGGCCCUAUGGUGGCCACAAGAUGCCAUCAAUACUAUAAUCAAAUCGACCGUAUGGUUGUUCCAUAACAGCCACCGUACAUAAUCUUUUUAUUUAUUGAACCAAAGUCAACAUUCCACUUAUAGACUUUGAUUUGUGGGUGAGUAUUCUUGCUUUGCAUUAGAGUAGUGCCUAGAAUGUUCCCCAGUCUUAGAAUACUGGUGUCUCUUUCCACUGAAGUCAUUUUUAAAAUGAUGUCUUAAAAACAGUUACUCAAAACCUAUUUGGCAAUUGGUAUGGCACCCUGAAGUAUCGGUCAUAGCUAUAAACCAAAGAAUGUAAGACAACAAAGCACCAGAUUGAUGUCGUUUUGUGUAGCCUCCUAGAAAUGUUUAGUUCAGUUGGCAUUUUUCAACCAAAACUAAGAUGGAAGAAAGUUUUGCGAAUCUUGUAAAGAAGGCUUUGGUUUAGUCGGCCUUUUCAAGAUUGAAAAUUAUAUUUAAAACUAUUUAGUUCAAUCUCACAAAACUGAUAUCAAAGAGACCCCCCUUCGACAAAGGUCACAUCGCUGUCUUGGAGUCAUUACCAUGUUCUCCUCAGAGGUAUGGUCAGAACUCUUGAGAGUUUCUUGGUUUUAAUUAUUCAUUAAUCAAAUGUUCGCACAAUGUAAAGUUUGUAUUCCCACCUCGUCACCGGUCGAAUUACCGUAUCUUUAAAUUCUCUCAACAUCAACCAAUAAAUAUUUUCUUGAGUGUGAUAUUUUAAAGAGAGGAAAACAAAAGUUAACUGCAGAAAAGACAGUAUCAGACCCAGGAUGCAUAUUUUCCCAAUGAGCAUUUCGAGAAUUUAAUUAUUGAAAUGAUUGUAAAGAUAAUGAAACCAAAAGAAGCAACAACCUCUUUUAUGUUUAAAAUUAUACAAUUCCUUCUGAAAAUGUCUCAUUUGUUUUUGUUUUUGUCACAAAUUUCACAACAUAUUCAGAUUGGAAAUUUUUGUUAAUGAGUCCUAAAAGAUCUGUCAGUUCAAAGAGUUGUUGUUUUCAAUUGUCAAUUGA